AAGGUGCUGGCGUCACUUGUCAACAAGAUUUGAAUCGUUGGAAGCAGCUAGUGCUGCUAGUAAUGUUCAUACUAAUACAAAGAUAUUCAACAAAAAAAAAUAGUUGAUGUUAAACAAGUUAUUUAUUAGGCGUUAAACUAGUAACGUAUACAUGAGUCAACCGAGAAAUGUCAGGAAGAGCGAAACAAGCCAGACAGGUCGAAUAAAAGAUGGAGGACAGGUGUUAAGCCCAAGAAGAUGGAGAAAGCAGAAGAGAGAAAUGCGGGUUUUAGCCGAGAGGAACCCGGCGGUGGUUCCGGUCGGCGCAUGGGUCGAGACUGGACAUGAGGAACAGGAGCAUCCAGCGGUCCGCGCGUUGCUCACUGAGGAGCUGCUUGAAGAAACCCGGAGACUGAAGGAGGAGAGUCUGCGCCAGUUCCAGGAAGCGGUGCGCAGACGGGUAUCCGAGCAGGCCCGAAUACAUAAACAGCGGCAGCUACAGAAGUCUUAUAAAACCGUUGAAAGGGAGUGUCGAGUAUUCCAGCAGAGCAGUGUCUCCGCCCAUCGCCUCACACCUCCGAAGAGUCCGUUUCCAUCCUGGCCACAAGGGGAGCUCGCUAUCUGCAGCCCGAGUGCACGCUGGGUCACGGCUCAAGAGCUCAAGGUGGCCAGCAGUGAUGAUGCUAACCAGUACAGACAUCAGCUUAGCAAAGUCAUGAAGCAGGUGAGACACAGACUGGCUGCGUGCCAAACCGUCCAAGAGGGCGAGGACUUGGAGCUUCCAGGAGGAAUAUGGAAAGUGUCUCCAAAUAGAGAUAAGACUGUCGGGAGAAUAAUGGAAGAUGAGGAGGAGGAAAAUGAAGAUGGGCUUGGGGAGGAAGAAGAGGUUUUGUUGGCGGGGCAACACGAUCGACCGCUUUGUUCACAGAAUAGCAAAACGGUGACUUUUCAGAAUGAUGUGGUGUGUGAAAGGGUGUCGAGAGAACCACAUCCCACGAGCCCGGACUACAGAUCCACCCGGGUGCUGUGGCCGAGAGAGGACCCAGAGGAGCAGAUGAGACAGAGACGCUCUCAGUUCCUGAUGUAUCGCCGUCUUGUCAUGGACUCCGAGCGGGAGCAGGUGAAGGAGCACCAGAGACGCAAGAAACAUCUGACGAGAAUCGCCAGAAUCAAGGCCGAGAAGGAGCAGCAGCGGGAGGAGGAGGAGAGGAGGAUGGAGCGUGCUCGGCAGCGGGAGGAGAGCAGGAGGGAGCUGGCCGAGAGGGAGCGCCUCAUUCUGGAGCGGCUAAGGCUGGAGGAAGAGGAGCAGGAGGAGGAGAAGAGAAGAGCGCGAGUGAAGAAAUCCAAAGAGACCACAAGGUACGUCGAAGCCUUGCGAGCACAGAUAAAGGAGAAGCUGGAGCAGGUGAAAGUCGAGCUUCCUCCACUCUGCUGCUGUGGCGAGAGUUUUUGGGAUUCUCACCCUGACACCUGCGCCAACAACUGUGUCUUCUACAACAAUCCUAAAGGUUAUGCUCAGGCUCUGCACUCGGUGCUGCUGAGCUGCGAGCUGAACGAAGGCGGCGCGGGAUUCGGGGGCUUCACGCGGAAAAUCGUGCGCACACUGACGCACCACAGCUAGCCUUCGUUUUUUAUUUCUGUUAAUGCGAGGAUGAUGGUUUGUCGUUUACAAAUACCUCAACAUAGUGGACUACUGAAGAAACAGUUUGGUGUUCGUUUGGAAAGGUGAUUUUUAUAUUAGUGAAUUCGUUGUCGUGAAGAAUGACCUUGUAUGAAGGUUUGUGCGGAAUCAAAUAAAAGUGUGAUUUACUUCA